AAAAAUUUCCACUCAAAUCUCACAUACAUCGAUUUAUCAAACAAUUCACUCAAAGGCUCAAUACGCAUUUCCAUUACUCGUCUCACAAACCUCAAGUCCUUAAACUUAUCUCAUAACUCUCUCUCUGGCCAAAUACCAAACAAAAUCAAAAACUUAAUCUUUCUAAAAAACUUAUCUUUAGCUUCAAACAAACUAUUAGGAACAAUCCCAAAUUCACUCUCGUCAAUUUCUGAACUUACACAUUUGGAUCUAAGUAUGAAUCAACUAAACGGCACCGUUCCAAGUUUCUUCUCCGAGAUGAAGAAACUCAAACACUUGAAUCUCGCUGAUAACUCCUUCCAUGGAGUUUUACCAUUCAACGAAAGCUUCAUCAAAAAUCUCAACUUUUUCGAAAUUGGAGGGAACAGUGAGCUCUGUUACAACAAAACUGUUGUAUCCUCGAACUUGAAAUUGGAGGGUCUUGCUCCGUGUGAUAAAUAUGGUUUUCCUUUAUGGUCUCCGUCGCAAAAGGAGGAGUCUUUAUCAGGAGAAAACGAUUACGGUGAUUACAGCGGUGAAGGAGGAAAUGAGAAGAAUAAGGAGAAGAUGAAGAAUAAUGAAGAAGAAGAACACAAUGGUUCCAACAAGACUCUGUUUGGUCUCGGCAUUGGUCUUUUUUCGAUUGUGUUCCUAAUCCUCUUCCUCUUUUAUCUUGCUAAAAGGUGUCGUUGGAUUUGAGAAGUCUGAUCUUUUUGUUUGGACUUUAUUAGGGUUCUUUUGAGAAUAACCAGACCGGGUCUUG